AAGUUUCUCACACUGUUUAGGUUUACACACUCCGCAGGAAAGUUAAAUUAAAAACGGUUCCAUAUUCAAGAUUAUAGGUGGAGCUACAAUAUGACAUCUUGGCAAGUGAAAGAAAGACUGCAGUGAAACUGAAAUGAAACAGAUUAACAGGAGGCUUUUCAAACAACACUUCUAUUCAGAAACCAGACCUGAUAUUCACUCACAGUCAUGGCAUCCUCCAGUGGUCCACUAAAUGAGGAGCUCCAUUGCUCCAUCUGUCUGGAUGUGUUCACUGAUCCAGUCAUCACUCCAUGUGGACACAACUUCUGCAGAACCUGCCUGGACAACUGCUGGACAAACACACAGACCUGCUGCUGUCCAUCCUGUAAUGAAAAAUUUAGCAGAAGACCUGAUCUCAAGAUUAGUACAACCAGUGGCACCAUAAAGGGUGAAAAGGUUAGGAUGGUUCAAGUGGCCCUGCUUAGAGAGGGGAGCAACAGAACGCAACACUUAAAAGAGAAGCUCAAUCUAGGAAGAUCUGAGGUGUUCUGUGAUAUCUGUGAUGAGAGAAAGCAGAAAGCUGUGAAGUCCUGCCUGACGUGUCAAAGCUCUUACUGUGAGACUCACCUGGAGCCUCAUCACAGAGUCCCACGUCUAAAGAAACACAAACUGGUCAACGCUGUUGAAAAUUUGGAGGAUUAUAUAUGCCAGAAACAUGAGAGACCUCUGGAGGUGUUCUGCAGAGAUGAUCAGACGUGUGUGUGUCUGUUCUGCACUGAAGGAGACCACAGGAACCACAACACUGUUCCUAUAGAGGAGGAGAGUCAACAGAAGAAGACACAGACAGACGUGCAGCAGAUGAUCCAGAACAGAAUGAAGAAGAUUCAAGAGAUCCAGCACUCAGUAGAGAAGAGAAAGAGAAACACAGAGAAAGAGAAAUCAGCCAGUGUUGAGCUCUUCACUGAUCUGAUCUGCUCCAUUGAGAGAUGUCAGUCUGAGCUGCUGAAGAUGAUGGAGGAACAGCAGAAAGCAGCAGAGAAACAGGCUGAAGAUCUCAUUAAAGAGCUGCAGCAGGAAAUCACUGAUCUGAAGAGGAGAAACACUGAGCUGGAGCAGCUCUCACACACUGACGAUCAUCUGUACCUACUACAGACUUUCUCUUCCCUAUACAGCCGUCCACACAAGAACUGGACUGAGAUCAGUAUCGACUCUGAUGUGAAUGUGCUCCCUAUGAACAGAGCUCUGACUCUAGUGAAGAAAACUCAUGAGACACUAAGUAAAAAACUCAGUCAAACUGCAUUGAAGUUUGUGCAGAAGUUUGCAGUGGAUGUGACUCUGGAUCCUGAUACAGCGCAUCCGUAUCUCAUCCUGUCUGAUGAUGGAAAACAAGUCCGUCAUGGAGACAUUGAGCCGGAAAAGAGAUUUGAUGUUGGUUUGUGUGUUCUGGCAAAUGAGGGAUUCAGUUCAGGGAGAUUUUACUAUGAGGUGCAGGUGAAGGGAAAGACUGAGUGGAUUUUAGGAGUGGCCAAAGAAUCCAUUAACAGGAAGGGGGAGACCACACUGACUCCUGAAGAUGGAUACUGGACUGUGAUUGUGAAGAAUGAGAAUCACUAUAUAGUUUUUGAUAAUCCAAUUGUCCUGUUCCCUCAAAGAGGGAAACCUAAGAUUGUGGGAGUGUUUGUGGAUUAUGAGGAGGGUCUGGUCUCUUUUUAUGAUGUGGGCCACAGAUCUCAUAUCUACUCUUUCACUGGUCAGACUUUUACUGACAAACUCUACCCAUACUUUAGUCCAGGUCUUAAUGAAGAAGGUAAAAACUCAAACCCACUGAUCAUCACACCUGUCCAAAAAACAAUCAAUUCCUCUAGAAUAUAAAAAAUUUAAUUCUAAAAGAUUAUCUAUAUUAUGAAAUUAUUUUCAUCAUGCCUAUGUAGCGUAUCAGAGAGAAUCAGACAACUGCAGAUUCAAUUUCGAAUCCAAAACAACCCAAAGAGCCAAAUUCCACUAAGAGGUCCAGGAU